AUGUCAGAAGUCACGCAGAAGCAACGUUCCUUCAAGGAUUUCUCCUACAUGGCGGAAAUAAUGUUUAAGAGCCUGGGCUACGAUCUCAUGGGUUCUGUGCGGCCUCGGUGGCAAAGCAUUCUGAUGCGCUGCUAUUUCGUCCUGUGUGUAAUUUCUAGUCUCUACGAAUCGAUCUUUGUGACUUACAGGAUCCUGGAGUGGGAGUCCGUGGCCGGAAGUCCAUCCAAAGUAAUGCGGCAAGGUCUGCACUUCUUCUACAUGUUCAGUGCUCAGGUGAAGUUUUUCACUUUCAUGGUGUACCGAAAAAAGUUAAAGGUCCUCAUCAACAACCUAAAGGAUCUGUAUCCCAUGGAGGUGGAUCAAAGAAGGCAGUAUGAUGUGAACAGCUUCUUCUUUUCGCGUACCACUCGCAGUGUCAUGUAUUUCUAUUAUCUGGUUAUGAUUCUGAUGGCUUUCCACCCGCUCCUCCAAUCUUGUAUUAUGUUUGCCAUAGGCAUCGGAAAAUCCGACUUCCUCUACUUACGUAUUUUUCCCACGCGUUUGAGUUUUGACUCACAAACCCCUAAGGGCUACAUUUUGGCCUAUAUCAUAGACCUGACCUACAGUCAGUUCAUAGUGAAUGUUAGUCUCGGCACUGAUCUCUGGAUGAUGUGUGUAUCCAGUCAAAUAUCAAUGCAUUUUGCUUUCUUGGCCAAGAUUUUAGCAUCGUACUUGCCAAAUCGGAAAAGGGAACAUGAGGAUCUUGAUUUUUUGGCAAACCUGGUGCGCAGACAUCAGGUUUUUCUUAGCUUACAAAAGGAUGUCAAUCAAAUAUUUGGUCUCUUGUUGGCCUCCAAUCUUUUCACAACUGCCAGUUUACUUUGUUGCAUGGCUUUUUAUAGUGUGGUGCAGGGUUUUAAUAUAGAAGGUAUUUCCUAUUUGAUGCUUUUUUUCAGUGUGACGGCCCAAUUUUAUAUGGUUAGUUCCUAUGGGCAGAUGCUAAUAGAUGUGAGCACAAAAAUUGGUGCUGCUGCUUAUGAACAAAAGUGGUAUGAAGGCUCCAUAAGUUAUAUGAAGGAUACUCUUUUUAUUAUGGCACGUUCCCAGCGUCCUUCAGAAAUAUCCGCCAGGGGCAUUAUCAUUAUAUCAUUUGAUACUUUUAAAACAUUAAUGACCAUUACCUAUCGAUUCUUUGCUGUAAUGAGACAAACUGUUGGAAAGUAA